AUGGGUAGCAUAGCAGCAAGUCCUUUCGAUGUCUCAGCGGAUCAUACCGACGCUCUCGAAAGUCUCGUUGUGCAGUUCCGCGCUGAUACCCAUAGCAAGAAAAUCGAUCUUCUUGUUGGCGUAUACAAGACGGACGAAGGGAAGGCAUACGUGUUACCAAGUGUCAACGCGGCAAAGGAGAGAAUCUUCAGAGACGACAGCUGGCAUCAUGAGUACCGGCCGAGUGCUCUGGGUCCCCAGAACUACAGGGAUCUUAGCGCCAAGCUAUUCUUCGGGGCCGAGAAUCGUCUUCUCAAGCAAAAGAGGAUAAUUUCAACCCAGACACUAGGCGCCAGCGGAGGAUGCCAUGUGGGUGCUGUGAUAUUGAAAAAUCACUACGGACCGUGGAAACUGUCCGGAAACCUCGAGAUUUUCCUCCCGAGCGAGACGUGGUUGAACCACUCCUUCGUGUUCAAAACGGCGGGAAUAAAACCAGCUUUUAUCCCGUAUUUCAACAACAAGACCAAUGCUUUCGACUUUGCAGGCUUUACAUCGGCCAUCAGAUCUCUACCAGCUCAAUCUGUAAUUCUCCUACAGUCCGGAGCUCAAAACCCAACUGGAUGCGACCCAUCACCAGAUCAAUGGCAGGAGCUGGCAUCAAUGUUUUCUGAGCGUGGCCAUUUCGCAUUCUUCGACGCCGCCUAUCCCGGAUUCGCCUCAGGAGACAUUGACAGAGACCUCGAGGGUGUUCGUCUCUUCGCCGAGCGAGAGAUCCCGCUUAUCUUCGUAUCGACCUAUGGGAAGUGCUUUGGGCUCUACAGUGAGCGUGUCGGAUUCCUUUCUAUCCUCGCUCCAGACGAGGAAGUAGGAAAGAGAAUCGAAAUUCAAUUGAAGCUGCUUGCCCGAGCAGAGUCUGGUGCACCGCCCGAUUUUGGAGCCAAGAUUGUUGAAACGGUUCUUUCGGACGAGUCUUUGGAGCGGCAAUGGCGUGGAGAAGUCCGCGACAUGGCCAGCCGACUGAAGGAUCGUCGAGUCGCCCUCAGGAACCGACUGGAGGAGUUGGGAACUCCAGGUGAUUGGCGACAUAUCACUGAGCAGAAUGGGAUGUUUUCAUAUGUCGGACUUUCUGUGGAACAAGUCACGCUCCUCCGGGACAACUACCAUGUUUAUCUCCAAGAUACCGGGAGGAUCUCUAUUGCUGGACUAAAUGAUUUCAACAUUGAGUACACGGCUGACAGUAUCAGUGCCGUUGUCAAAGCGACUGUUGCGAAGAAAUCAUAA